UAGCAAUCAUCUGACCUUUGACACUUGUCGAACCACUUCUAUUCAGGGGCCGCUAACCCCUAAAGUCUGAAAACACCUAUUUGCUGCGCAGUCAUCCUCACGACUGUCUACAGUACAUUUCCAGCCAAGUUAAAUUUUCUCGCCAUGAAAUCCUUCGGUUCAGUGGUGGCGGCGGCAAUGCUGUUCGUGUGUACAGUUGUGGUCUGUCUAGUCUUAGUCAUGGACAGAGACACUGUGGAGUAUGGCUUUAACUCCGUCAUGAAGUCUUACGCUGCAUCUUCAAGACCAUUGGAGCCUUUAGUCGAGGUUGGAUCACGAGAACAACUGGAACGCCGUGAUGCCAACAUGACCGAAGUCGGUAGCAGAGGCGUGUGGCCUUACUUUGGAGCUGACUUGCCACCUAACAGGCCAAAGCUACGGACGUGCGCAGAUCCGGUCAAACACUUUGUCUUCAUCAAGACCCACAAGACAGGUUCCACCACAGUCUGCGCGUUACUGUACCGCUUCGGGGUCUCCAACGGGCUCAACUUCGUGCUUCCCCGCGUCCCCGUCAACGUGGGCUGGCCGUCCUACCUUCGGACAGGGGACUACAUACCACUGAAGGAAGGCAUAAAGAACUUCGACGUGCUUGCCGAUCAUACAGUGUACCACAGGCGGAUCAUAGACAAUCUUAUGCCGGCUGAUUCAGCUUAUAUCACGCAGUUGCGGCAUCCGUUGCAUCACGUCAAGUCAGUCUUCAACUGGUAUAACGUCCCGCGUCAACUCAACAUGGACACCCGCGGGAAGAACCCGCUAGAAGAAUUUCUGAAAGACCCUCUCAGAUAUGAGCUGCUGCAGAAACUCAUGUCGAGAGACAAGAAUGAUAAACAUCACCCUUACUCGUUUACUCGCAACUUCAUGUCCUUUGACUUGGGUUUUCCUCCAGGUUUGGCUGAAGACAUGGAGGCCGCGCAGGCCUACGUAGAGCGGUUGGAUCGGGAGUUCGACUUGGUUCUCAUACUGGAGUACCUCGACGAGUCGCUAGUCCUCCUAAAGCGCACCCUGUGUUGGACCGUUCUAGACAUCGUGUACAACAUCUUCAACGAAUCUCCAGGUUACCGGUUCAACAUUGAGUUAACGCCAGAGAUGGACGUUAACUACCGUGAAUGGAGUAAGGUAGACUACCUCCUGUACGAACAUUUCAAUACUUCUCUUUGGAACCGUGUGUCGGAGUUGGGGGACGAUUUUCUCCAAGAGGUGGCACAUUUUGUCACAGUGAAGAACCAAGUCAAGGCGUUUUGUGAGGACGGUAAGAAAGAUCAGCUGGUCAUUCCGGCGUCCAAGUGGGACAAUGACUUUUCUGUAGACCAGAAGUUCUGUCGCCUGUUUAAGACGACCAGAAUGUCGUUUUACAAAUACCUAGCGCCGCGUCAAGUCGACAAAGAACUCUUGAAUAAUUACACGUCGAAGGCCGGUGCACCCGGCAAAGGGGACAAGAAGAAACAGAGGAAAGAACAGAAACAGAAGUCAGGCAAAAUGCGAAAUAUUUUCGGUUGAACAGAUUAAAGAAGUGGAAACUGUUUUGAUAACAGUUGCCAAGUGAACUAGACCUAGUGCUUGAAUCUAAUCUAUCUCUAAUGUACCUCUGAUAAUCUACCUCUGUUAAUGCAUUAUAAACGUAAUCAUGUACAUUUUGUAGUGGUACCUAACUUCAACUUCCUUCACACUAAUAGACUUCUAAGUGUAAGGAUUUGUAACAGAUAUUGCUGAGCUAGAAUUUAACAAUGUGCAUGUAGAACAGAAUUUGUAAUAAAAAGUUACUUGAUAUUUGAAAGCCCAUGGGUAUGAUGCUUACUUGUGAUACAGAGGCUGGCUUGGAUGUUAAGAGUGAUGUACUUGUGUGAUUUGUGGAUGGGUAAAUAAAUCGACCGUACAGCGAGGACACUCG